ACCGCUGAAAAUAACAAAGGCAAACGAACUGAAACCCUAACCCCUCUUUACUCCUCCAAUUUGCCCUUUCUGGAACCUAAUUUCUCCAAGGGAAUUGCAAUACCAGAUGGCAAAUAUUCCCAAUUGAAAAACCCUUUCGUGCUUUUCCCGUCGAACUAUUUGUUUCAAUUCCUUUGUUUAAACUGAAAACACGACAACCUUGAUAUUUCCUCACAAUGUCAGUGAGAAAAGCAGGUGAAUCUGAACCGCCUCAGCCGGAGGAGGGUGGCAGCUCUGCCCAACUGUCGCAGCCAGUCCGAACUUCAAAGCCUGCGGAAGAUGGCGACAAGAAGAGCACAAACAAGAGACUUAAGGAUGUUGAUAUCUGUGUGCCGAUAGUAUACGGGACAGUUGCAUUCUACCUCGGUAGGAAGGCCAGUGAGUCUCAGUCCCAUAAGUGGACUGUUUAUGUUCGUGGGGCAACAAAUGAGGACCUUGGUGUGGUGGUAAAGCGAGUUAUAUUUCAAUUGCAUCCUAGUUUCAAUAACCCUAUGAGAGUGAUUGAUUCUCCCCCAUUUGAGUUAACGGAAUGUGGUUGGGGUGAAUUUGAAAUUGCCAUCAGUCUGUUCUUCCACAAUGAUGUCUGUGAGAGACAGUUAGACUUGUAUCACCAUUUGAAGUUAUAUACUGAAGAUGAAUCUGGGCCCCAGUCAACCAAGAAACCUGUUGUUGUGGAGUCUUACAAUGAAAUAGUUUUCCCUGAUCCCUUAGAGGCUUGUUUUGCUCGUCUGCAGAACCAUCCAGCUGUAAUAGUACCCCGUUUACCUGCUGGUUUUAACUUGCCUAAUCCUGUGUCAAUUGAUCAGAAGAAUGACAAGGAACGGGGGGACACAAAAGAUCAUCCCCUUAGUCAGUGGUUCUUGAAUUUUUCUGAGGCAGAUGAGCUCUUAAAACUUGCAGCGGCUCGUCAAGAGGUCCAAGCCCACAUUGUCAAUGUGAGAAGAAAACUGAGUAUGUUGGAUGGGCCGCCCCAACUGUCAAAACCACCGUCAGGAUAUGAAUAUGCAUGAUCAUGCUAGGUCAUCCUUGAAGUUUCCUCGUCAGUGUAAAACACGGAAGAUCAAUGAAUGGUUAUUGAUGUAAACAUGUGUAUCCACAGUUACGGUAAACUCCAUGUUUUUUAAAUCUCUCCUUUAGAGCUAACUGAAGGUUAGUAUAGGAACAACAAAGGAGCAUAUCACUGAACACGAAUUAGAAGUUUGCGUGCACGAACACAUGAAUGUAAAAUAUGUAUGAAUGCACUUAUGCAUAUGUUGAAGUUACAUGUAUGUUUUGAUUGGUCGAUUUGUGAGUUUGACGUGAACUAUCAUAAGCCACUCGGUUUCUUUGUGUGUAUGACAUGAACUAUCACAAGCCACUCGGUUUCUUUGCUCA